AGCGGUGUAUAAAUCCCCUUUUCUGGCAUAGCCCCAUCGCGGGAGAGGAAGACCCUGUGGCGCCCGGGACAAGAGCAGCAGCGGCUGUCGGCUUGCUGAACGCUUCGGAGCUGCUCCUGGUCUGCCGCGCCGCGCCUUCCCCUCCUUUCCCCCCUUCUUCUGUCUUGCCUAGUUCCUCUCGCUGCCCCCCAGGAUGUCUGAGAAGCCCGCGGAGGAGGCUCCGGUGGAGCUGGGGGCCAAGGAUCUGAAAGAAAAGAAAGAGAAGCAUGAGGAAAAGUCUGCCCGCAAGGAAAAGAAAGAGAUAAUUGAGGAUGAUGAAAAUGGAGCUGAGGAAGAGGAAGAUGAUGAAGAUGCUAAUCCUGAGGAUGUGGAGGAUGAAGAAGAAGAUGACGACGAAGAUGAUGAGAAUGAACAGGAGCCGGACUCACAUGCAGUAAAACGGUCUGCGGAGAAGAAGCAGGAAGAGGAUGAAGUGAAUCCAAAGAGAAAGAAAACAGAAAAUGGUUCCUCAGCUUGAUCCCCUCUCUUCCGUCCACCUCUUCCUUUCCACCGUCCGUCUAUCUUCUCACCUUCAUUCUUCCCACCUGUGCUGGCACUUAUUUCAGUGCUAUAGUUGCAGAUGAGGAGGGAUUAAAUAUGCUCUCCAGCAAGGCCAGACAGAGGAAGCUGAAGAGAGCUCUUCUCCAGCCCCAAGGUCUGUUCCAUAUUACAGUGCUCCCUACCGUUUCACACCUUCCAAGCUGCUGAUCCUUCCUCCACCCUCCACUCAAAUAGACCCCAAUACCUGCAAACAUUGCUUCCCCUUUUCUCUGCCCAAGCACCCUCUCACAACUGCUGCCUCACUGAGAUCCUCACAUGCCUCUGCUUUUGACGCCUCUGCUCCUUGCCCCAGACAAAGUUUUCCCCUUUCCCUUCUUUCUUCACCCCUUACAGAAUUCCACAGGUAUGUGGAAACGGUAUGGUGCUGAAAGGGUUAAACUGAGUCUGGGGGUACAGAUAGUAGCAAGGCAGGGAAUGUUGCAGUGAUGUGUUGCUGUCCUGUGCCUGGUUCCCUUUCCAUUGUUGGGAAAAGGCAUAAAAGAAAAAUACAAGAAGAUGAUGUGUUUUUAAAAAAUAAAACCUACGUAUUGACAAAGCUUUUAAUUAUUAAAACAUUUUAUACAAAUUUAACAUGGCAGGCAGCAAGCUGGAUCUGGUGAUUUUUCCCCCCCUCCAGAAGGCAAAGCUUGUUUUUAAUGUGUAAAGUCAUGUGUGAUUCAGUGUUUUUUCCUUCAUUUUGGGUUUUUAAAAUAAAUUAGGGACCAAAUUUUGAUUUCUCCCUCAUUCCCUUCAGGUUCUUUAGUUGUUUUUGUUUGUAAAUUAAAGCAGAUCCAUCUGCAGUAUUUUCUAUGGCACAGACAUUAUGAGGAUGAGAAAUAUAAAUAUAUAUAUUGUUUAGCACUGUAAAUAAAAACCUUUCAAAAAGA